AUGUCUGCUCCCAGGCUGGGGACCGGCGGGAGAGGCCCGGCGCCGGGGAGCCCAGGCGUCGGCGAGGACAGAGAGGCCUCUAGCGGCCACCUUGGGCAGCAGGCGAGGGCGAGCCGGGAGGGCACUUCCUGCCAGGGCCCGGGGCGGCCCAGUUUCGCAAAGGAAGUUCUGCCAGGGCCGGAGGGGCGGAGGCAGGAAGUGGGCCGGAGGCUCGCGCUAGGGUGCGGCCGGCGGGUAGUGAGAGGCCGCGGCCGGGGGCGGGGGAGGGCCGCGGAGGUGAACCAGACCGAGGCCGCGACCCCACCCAUCCUCCGCGAGGCCCCGGACGCCUCCGCCUGCCCACAGCGCGGUCCGGCGGCGGGGCGCUGCCAGCGACGCCUCGGCCGUCGGCGCGCGGCCUGGGUCAACCGCGUUCCAAGUUCUUCCGUUUGGAGCUGA